AUGGUCGGGCAGACGAGGAGUAAGCUCAAAGAAGCGGCUUCAGACCCGGUGCACUCCUCCCGCUCCAUGCCGUCCAGGCGGCGGCGCCGGGCCACCGGAGCCGGGGAGCCGGAGAUGGAGGAGCCGCAGGCGGAGAUGGAAAAGCCACAGCCCCCUUUUCCCGUAGGCGGGGGGAACCUGCCGGGGGGCGCCCGGGACUACUCGCCGCGUAGGACCCGAAAUCUGAACACGCAGAACUGCAUGCAAAUGGAGGUGGUCGCGAAGACCUUUCUCGGCCGCUUCCAGUUCCUCAACUGUUUGCUGGAGCAGCUCCGCGACAAGGUGCAGCAGUUGCGGAGACGUCAGGUCAACAGCAGGACCUCUUUGGGCAUAGCUGCAUUUGUGGGAGUUUUGCACUGGAUACAUUUAGUAACACUUUUUGAAAAUGAUCGUCAUUUUUCCCACCUAUCAUCUUUAGAACGGGAGAUGACUUUUCGAACUGAAAUGGGACUUUAUUAUUCCUACUUCAAGACCAUUAUUGAAGCACCUUCAUUUUUGGAAGGACUGUGGAUGAUAAUGAAUGACAGGCUCACUGAAUAUCCCCUUGUAAUUAAUACAGUGAAACGCUUCCACCUUUAUCCAGAGGUGAUUAUAGCCUUCUGUUAUCGCACAUUUGUGGGAAUAAUGAAUUUAUUUGGGCUAGAAGCUAAGACCUGCUGGAAUGUCACCAGAGUAGAACCUUUAAAUGAAGUUCAAAGUUGUGAAGGAUUGGGAGACCCUGCUUGCUUUUAUGUUGCUGUGAUUUUUAUUUUAAAUGGAGUAAUGAUGGGAUUGUUCUUCAUAUAUGGUGCAUACCUGAGUGGGACUCAACUUGGAGGUCUCAUUACAGUAUUAUGCUACUUUUUCAACCAUGGAGAGGCUACCCGUGUAAUGUGGACACCACCUCUCCGGGAAAGUUUUUCAUAUCCAUUUCUUGUACUUCAGAUGUGCAUUUUAACUUUGAUUCUCAGGACCUCGAUCAGUAAUAGAAGGCAUUUUAUUGCACUCUGUCUUUCCAAUGUUGCUUUUAUGCUUCCCUGGCAGUUUGCUCAGUUUAUACUUUUUACACAGAUAGCUUCAUUAUUUCCCAUGUAUGUUGUGGGGUACAUUGAGCCAAACAAAUUUCAGAAGAUCAUUUAUAUGAACAUGGUUUCAGUUCUCCUUUGUUUUGUGUUGAUGUUUGGAAAUCCAAUGUAUUUAUCUUCUUAUUAUUCUUCAUCUUUGUUAAUGACUUUGGUGAUAAUUCUAAAGAGAAAUAAAAUUCAAAGAUUGGGAGUGUCUGAACUCAACUUUUGGCUUAUUCAAGUUUGUGCUUGGUUGUGUGGAACAAUUAUUUUGAAAUUUCUGACAUCUAAAAUCUUAGGUGUUUCAGAUCAUAUUCGCCUGAGUGACCUUAUAGCAGCCAGAAUCCUAAGGUAUACAGAUUUUGAUACCUUAAUUUACACCUGUGCUCCUGAAUUUGACUUCAUGGAAAAAGCGACUCCAUUGAGAUACACAAAGACAUUAUUGCUUCCAGUUGUUAUGAUGAUUACUUAUUUUAUCUUUAAAAAGGUUUAUCGUGAUAUUUUAUGUGUCUUAUCUGCAAACACUUAUCUAAGAAAACAGCUCCUUGAACAUGGUGAGCUGAUUUUUCACACAUUGCAACUGUUAGCAUUCACUGUCCUUGCCGUUUUAAUCAUGAGGCUGAAGUUGUUUUUAACACCUCACAUGUGUGUUAUGGCUUCCUUGAUAUGCUCUCGACGGCUCUUUGGAUGGCUUUUUUGCAGAGUUCACUUUGAGAAUGUUAUCUUUGGCAUUCUAACAGUGAUGUCAAUACAAGGUUGUGCAAACCUCCAUAAUCAAUGGAGCAUAAUAGGAGACUUUAAUAAUUUGCCUCAGGAAGAACUGAUACAAUGGAUCAAAUAUAAUACCAGACCAGAUGCUGUUUUUGCAGGUGCCAUGCCUACGAUGGCCAGUGUCAAGCUGUCUACUCUUCACCCCAUUGUGAAUCACCCACAUUACGAGGAUGCAGACUUGAGGGCCCGGACAAAAAUAGUUUAUUCCACAUAUAGUCGAAAAUCUGCAAAAGAAGUGAGAGAUAAAUUGUUGAAGUUACAUGUGAAUUAUUACAUUUUAGAAGAGGCAUGGUGUGUUGUGAGAACUAAGCCUGGUUGCAGUAUGCUGGAAAUUUGGGAUGUGGAAGACCCUUCCAAUACAGCUAAUCCUCCCUUAUGUAGCAUCUUGCUCAAGGACGGGAGGCCUUACUUCACCACAGUAUUUCAAAAUAGUAUGUACAGAGUACUAAAGGUUAACUGAAAACAAGAUAACCCAUCACACUGUGUGUAGAAAGCAAUCACUUUGCCUUAUUUACAUUAAUAAAAAUCACAAGCUUUAAUAAGGGACCCUUGAAAAGAAGGUAAUAAAAAUGGUUUCAAGUUAUUCUGAUUAUUAAAAGGUAAAUUAUUUCAUUGUUUUCCAUUGAAUGUCAGCCUUAUUAAGCUUCUUCUUUAAAUGAUUAAAUCAUUUCAUACUGCAUAAACCAAAUGUCGUCCAUCUUAAAAGUUCUAAAGAAAAAAUAUAUGUAAAAGAACAAUGAAACUCAAUAAAUGAAAGGUAUUAUUUAAGUC